CGCAGCAGGCACUAAAAUGGCAAAGCCAAUGGCUGAGUGUUGGCCAGGUAUAUAAGCAGGCAGCAGAGACCCCCCGAGUUGGGUGACCCCUAUUUUGGCCGUGGUGAACAGGAUCUGAUCCCAAGGACUGUUACCUCUGUUCUUGUCUGGUGUGAAGUGUUAGAAAGCAAUCAUGCCUUUCGGAAACACCCACAACAACUUCAAACUCAACUACAAAGUUGAGGAGGAGUUCCCUGACCUGAAAAACCACAACAACCACAUGGCCAUUGCCCUGACCAAGGAUAUCUAUGGCAGGCUGAGGGACAAGCAGACCCCCAGUGGUUACACCCUGGAUGACGUCAUCCAGACUGGUGUGGACAACCCCGGUCACCCCUUCAUCAUGACUGUUGGCUGCGUCGCUGGUGAUGAGGAGUCCUACGAGGUCUUCAAGGAUCUGCUGGACCCCGUCAUCUCCGACCGUCAUGGUGGAUACAAGCCCACUGACAAGCACAAGACUGACCUGAACUUCGAGAACCUGAAGGGUGGUGACGACCUGGACCCCAACUAUGUCCUGUCCAGCCGUGUCCGUACUGGCCGCAGCAUCAAGGGAUUCACCCUGCCCCCCCACAACAGCCGUGGCGAGCGCAGAAUGAUCGAGAGGCUGUCCGUUGAGGCUCUGACCAGCCUGGAUGGCGAGUUCAAGGGAAAGUACUACCCCCUGAAGUCCAUGACUGAUGCCGAGCAGGAGCAGCUGAUCGCUGACCACUUCCUGUUUGACAAGCCCGUCUCUCCCCUGCUGACCUGCGCUGGUAUGGCCCGUGACUGGCCCGACGCUAGAGGCAUCUGGCACAACGACAACAAGACCUUCCUGGUCUGGGUGAACGAGGAGGAUCACCUGCGUGUCAUCUCCAUGCAGAAGGGUGGCAACAUGAGGGAGGUCUUCAGGCGUUUCUGUGUCGGCCUGGGCAAGAUUGAGGAGAUCUUCAAGAAGCACAACCAUGGCUUCAUGUGGAACGAGCAUCUCGGGUACAUCCUGACCUGCCCCUCCAACCUGGGAACCGGCCUGCGUGGUGGUGUCCACGUCAAGCUGCCCAAACUGAGCACACACGCCAAGUUUGAGGAGAUCCUCAAAAGGCUGCGUCUGCAGAAGCGUGGCACAGGUGGUGUGGACACCGCCUCCGUUGGUGGUGUGUUCGACAUCUCCAACGCUGACCGUCUGGGCUCCUCCGAGGUGGAGCAGGUCCAGCUGGUGGUUGAUGGUGUCAAGCUCAUGGUGGAGAUGGAGAAGAAGCUGGAGAAGGGAGAGGCCAUCGACAGCAUGAUCCCCGCCCAGAAGUAAAGAGGGACAAUGUUAUGUUUUUCUCGUGACCAUUCAUGUGCAAUCGAGCCAGCUGACAUGGCGUGCAGAGGAAACCGCCGCUCAUUCAGAGACUCUUGACUCUGCUCACCUCUUUUUCUUCCUUCCAGCUUUUUUUUUCUUCCUUUGUCCUAUGACCUUUUUAUUCACGUUCUCUGGUGUUGGUUGGUAACAUCCUGGGAUCAGCCUCCACUGAGCCAGGCUCGCCUGGCAGAUGUGGCAUCACCUACUUUUUGUUAUAAAAAGUAAAAAUUAUUGAAGCUGUUCAUACUGUUCAAUAAAAACGUGCCCCAUUUAAAAACCA